AUGCGGCCGUUCAAGAGCUUGCAGACGUGCCUUGGCCUGCUUCCGCUCUUGGCUGUCGACACCUUGGGCGCAUUCGCCACAAUCGGCUCGCGCACCGAUGAGACAUCCGCCGUUGGAACAGCACAGCCAUGUCUGUGCAGUACAAACGCGACAAGACUCCCUGAGGGCUCCUGGGAUUCGCACUUUCAUGUCAUCGACCCAGUCCGAUUCCCUCCGCUACCCGAUGCGGCGUACAAGCCAGGCACUCAUACCGUUUGGGAGAACUCCGUGUUCGAGCACAGCAUCGGCUGCGACCACGUGGUCAUGGUGCAACCGUCCAUCUACGGAACAGACAAUACGCUGCUGGUGGAAUCCCUGAAGGCGUAUGGGCCGGAGAGGGCCCGUGGCGUGGUCGUUUUUGAUGUCGAAAAUACGACUGCAGCACAGCUGGCGGAAUGGCACCGAGUCGGCGUACGAGGCGUUCGAAUCAACCUGCAGAGCAUUAAUGCCACCGAGUCGGUCGACGAGCUGGAGCGAACGCUGAGGGUACACGCAGAAGCCGUCAAGCCCUUCGACUGGGUGCUCCAACUAUACGCACCCAUGGAACUCAUCCCAUCUAUAGAGACCUUUGUCCCCACGCUGGGGGUCCGCAUCGUCUUUGACCAUUUUGGAGAUCCGAAGAUGCCGCAGCCCACCGGGAAUCCUCAAAAGCUAGACCCGUACUCGAUCGAAGGUUUCAGUGCCAUGGUCCGCCUGCUAAAGCAGGGCAGGACGUGGGUGAAGGUCUCGGCACCAUACCGCGUGUCCAAGCUACCCGGGCCAAACUACAGCGACCUGGAUUCUGUCACGAGAGAACUGUUCCGCGCAGCGCCGUUGAGGGUCGUAUACAGCUCCGACUGGCCACAUACACGUUUCGAAGGACUUGAUAUUCGCCCCUGGAACGCGCAUUUAUUGGAGCUGGUGGGAGGCGAUGUGAAGCUGAGGCGACAGCUGUUCAGAGACAAUGCCCGUGGCCUGUGGCAGAGUUCAAUACACAACUCGACAUUUGCCACAAAGCAUUGA